AUGGAUGGUAAUGACAUCAGCGAGACACCAUCAUCGGAAUCAGCGGAAGGUCUGAUGGAGACAGAGCUGUUUUCGGUGAAGGAUGAACCUGAAAUGGUUGAAAAAGAAAGUGUGGAAAUGAAGAUUCAUCCUGAUGUAGAGCCUAUGGAAACUAACGAGAAUGAGGAAGGCAUUGGUGAAACAUCUACUUCAAGUAAUAACUUCAAUGUAGGAUCGCAAUUCGAGAAGGAUUCUUUCAAACGUUUCAAAAUGCUGCUAAAGAAAACAGAGAAUUUUUCGCAUUGUUUAAGUGCGGGAGAUGUUGAAAGUGUUGAUGUGGGAGCGAAAGGACGUCCUCGAAAUCAAUCUGAAGGUGAUCAUCGCCAUCGUAAAACAGAGAAAGAAGAAGAUGAGGAAUUGAUAAAUCAGGUGAAAAAGAGCGAAACACUGAUUCGAUUUGAAAAAACGCCGUUUUAUAUUGAAAAUGGUGAAAUGCGCGACUAUCAAAUACGAGGACUUAAUUGGCUUAUUUCGUUGCAACAUAAUGGUAUUAAUGGGAUCCUUGCUGACGAAAUGGGUUUGGGUAAGACAUUGCAAACGGUUGCGGUGAUAGGCUUCAUGAAGCAUUACAAAAAUGCCUCUGGACCACAUUUAGUCAUCGCUCCUAAAUCAACGCUACAAAACUGGAUCAAUGAAUUUGGAAAAUGGUGUCCUUCACUUAAAGCCGUUGCACUUAUUGGUAUCGCUGAAGCACGAGCGGAUUUAAUACGUAAUGAAAUUUUACCUGGAAAAUGGGAUGUUUUGGUAACAUCGUAUGAAAUGGUUUUAAAGGAGAAAUCAUUAUUGAGAAAAUAUGCAUGGCAGUAUCUUGUUAUUGACGAAGCACAUCGUAUAAAAAACGAACAUUCGAAGUUAUCAGAGAUUGUCCGCGAAUUCAAGUCAAAACAUCGUUUGCUAAUCACGGGAACUCCUUUGCAAAACAAUUUGCAUGAGUUAUGGGCAUUACUUAAUUUCCUGUUACCUGAUAUGUUCGCACUUGCAUCUGAUUUCGAUUCUUGGUUUACAACGAAUGAUAUGAUGGGCAACCAGGAUCUUGUUGCACGUUUGCAUAAGGUUUUGAAACCAUUUUUGUUACGACGUUUGAAGUCGGAUGUCGAAAAAACUCUUCUUCCAAAAAAAGAGGUUAAGAUCUAUGUGGGUUUGUCAAAGAUGCAGAGAGAAUGGUAUACAAAGAUCUUAAUGAAAGAUAUCGAUGUCGUUAACGGUGCCGGCAAACUGGAAAAGGCACGAAUAAUGAAUAUAUUGAUGCACUUGCGAAAAUGUUGUAAUCAUCCAUAUUUAUUCGAUGGAGCUGAACCGGGGCCACCGUAUACUACAGAUCAGCAUCUUGUUGAUAAUUCGGGGAAAAUGGUUCUUUUGGAUAAGUUGCUAGCGAAACUGAAAGCACAAGGAUCUCGCGUCUUGAUAUUUUCGUCGAUGUCUCGAAUGUUGGAUUUAUUAGAAGAUUAUUGCUGGUGGCGUAGUUAUCGCUACUGCCGUUUGGAUGGGCAGACUGUUCAUGAUGAGCGUCAGAAAUCUAUUGAUGAAUUUAACAAACCGGAUUCAGACAAGUUCAUUUUUAUGCUUACAACACGCGCCGGUGGCCUUGGGAUUAAUCUUACUGCUGCGGAUGUUGUUAUCAUUUACGAUAGUGACUGGAAUCCACAAGUGGAUUUACAAGCUAUGGAUCGAGCACAUCGUAUUGGACAAAAAAAACAAGUUCGCGUUUUUCGAUUCAUAACAGAUAACACUGUGGAUGAGAGAAUCAUUGAGCGAGCUGAAAUGAAACUUCAUCUUGAUUCAAUCGUCAUACAACAGGGGCGACUAACGGAUUCCCAAAAAGCUCUGGGCAAAGAAGAUAUGCUGGAUAUGAUCAGACAUGGAGCUGAUCAAGUAUUUGCUUCCAAAGACAGUACAAUUACAGAUGAAGAUAUAGAUACGAUUUUAGAAAAAGCAGAACAAAAAACAGAGGCACUGAAUAAGAAAAUCGCUUCACUCGGAGAAACAUCGCUUCGAAAUUUCGCCUUGGAUGCACCAUCUUUCGAUGCUGAUAGCAACUAUACGGUUUAUAAGUUUGAAGGAGAAGAUUAUCGUGAGAAACAGAAAAAUGUUGGGGGAAUUGGCUAUUGGAUUGAGCCACCAAAGCGGGAACGGAAGGCAAAUUAUCAAGUUGAUGCUUAUUUUAGAGAAGCGAUGCGAGGAGGGCAUGCAGAACCUAAAGCACCAAAAGCGCCAAGACCACCAAAGCAGCCUAAUGUUCAAGAUUUCCAGUUCUAUCCAAAACGAUUGUUCGAAUUGUUGGAAAAGGAAGUUUAUCUUCAUCGGAAAACAAUUGGAUAUAGAGCACAAAGACCACCGGAUCUCCCAACUAAAGAAGCGGAAAGGAAGCAAAAAGAAGAGCAAAAAAAGAUUGACAGCGCUGUGCCACUGACUGAAGAAGAGCAAAACGAAAAGAUCCAACUGCUGACACAAGGGCAGAGUAAUUGGAGUCGUCGAGAAUUUCAACAAUUUAUCAAAGCGAAUGAGAAAUAUGGAAGGCAUGAUUUGGAGAACAUAGCGAAGGAAAUUGACACGAAAUCUGCAACUGAGGUUGAAGAAUAUGCAAAAUUGUUUUGGGAACGUCUCGACGAAUUAUCCGAUCAUGAAAGAAUUCUAGCGACAAUCGAAAAGGGCGAAGCUCGAAUACAGCGUCGACAGAGCAUCAAAAAGGCAUUGGACGAAAAAAUAGCAAAAUACAAGGCCCCAUUUCAUCAGCUGCGAAUUCAGUAUGGAACAAAUAAAGGCAAAAACUAUACGGAAGAAGAAGAUCGGUUUAUGGUCUGUCAAUUGCAUAAGCUUGGCUUUGACAAAGAUAAUGUUUAUGAGGAGCUGCGGCAAGCAGUUCGCUCUGCACCACAGUUUCGGUUUGAUUGGUUCAUCAAAUCUCGCACAUCAACGGAGCUUCAACGUCGCUGUAACACACUGAUUUCAUUAAUUGAAAAAGAAAUGGGUGAGGUAGAAGUAAAACGAAAACACAGUCAAAAAUCAACAAAUGCUCCUACAGCUAAUACUAACGAUCCCAAAACUGCAGCAGUUACUAAGUCUGGUCAGAAACGCAAAAGCGAACAGUCCACAUCGAAGGGAACCAGCUCUAAACGUCAGAAAUAA